AGCAAGACCCGCCAUGACUAAAAAGCGCGCCAAAUCUGCCCACAAGAAGACAAGCCCAACUGUUCCUAUUUAACGCUUUUCUUGCUCUACGUGAGGUGAUACAGGCAGCUAACAGAAUGGUGCGCACGAGGGCCGACGCGACAGUCACCAAGGUGUCGGCGGCCAAGGCACCACGCAAGGUCUUCACUGCCUCCGGUGCCGGCUCAUCCUCAUCCUCAUCCUCCUCAUCCACUCCCUCUAAAGCUUCAAAGUACAGUGGCGGCAACUCCUACAAUCCCCAGCCGGUUCCUGAGUGGCAGAAGGGCAUUGGUUCGUUCUUCAAGACAGCGGAGGUGCCACAGAGCCAGGGCCAGGGCACCAGUGGGGGGAAGGACAGUGCCUCUCCCUCUCCCUCUCCCUCCCCUCCCUUCUCCCUCACCCUCUAUGCUUCCGAAAAAUGGUGUAGUUUCUGAUGAUGAUGAUGAUUAGGUUUUUUUUUAUUAUUAUUAUUUUUUAGAGCAUUUUAAACAUUUUAUCUUAUUUUUACACCAAUAUACUCCAUUAUUUGCAUCUUUUGUGUUUAUUUUACCUUUUCUCAUUAAUGUUCAUCGGUGUUUGGGACGACUGGCUAAAUUAUUCCUGCUUCUCAUCAUGAUUCUUUUUGUAUUAGAUCAUUUCAAACAUUUUAUCACAUUUUUAUACCUGUUUUAUGUCUAUUGUUCUUAAUUUUACCUUUUCUCAUUCAUAUUUACCUGUAUUGGCGUAAAAAAUCCUUACUUUUCAUUAUUAAUCAUUUAUAUUGACAAUUUCAAAUAUUAUAUCACAUUUUUGUACCAUUUUUUUUGUUUAUUCUUAAUUUUACCUUUUUUCAUUAAUAUUUACCUGUAUUGGCGUAAAGAUUCUUACUUUUCAUUAUUAUUCAUUUAUAUUGACAAUUUCAAAUAUUAUAUAACUUUUUUGUACCAUUUUUUUGUGUCUAUUCAUAAUUUUACCUUUUUUCAUUAAUAUUUACCUGUAUUGGCUUAAAAAUUCUUACUUUUCAUUGUUAAUCAUUUAUAUUAGACCAUUCCAAACAUUUCAUCACAUUUUUGUACCAUUUUUUUUUGUGUCUAUUGUUAAUUUACCUUUUCUCCUGAAGCUAAUACAGUUACCUUUAUUGCCUCAUUCAGCUAAUUACAACUACCUUCAUUAUUACUGCUUCUCAUUUUUAUUAUUGUGAUUAUUUUAUAUUGGACGAUUUAAAAAAAACAUUAUCACAUUUUUA